UUUUUUUUCUUAUUUGUUGUGGUGGUGGUCAUGGACUUUCCGGAUGAUAUUUCGGUAUGGGAAUUUACGGAACGUGAGAAAAGCACUUAUAGAUCCGCAUUUUUAAGCCUUGAACCUUCCUCUGAUAAAGUUACUGGCGAACAAGCUCGUUCUGUUUUUCUGCAAAGUGGCUUAAAAAAGGUUGACUUAAAAAAAAUCUGGGAGUUAUGUGAUCUAGAUAAAGAUGGAAAGCUUACGCUUGAGGAAUUCUUUAUCGGUUGUAAAUUAAUUAACUUGAGGCGGAGAGGCUACCCGCUCCCAUCUUUACUGCCUUUUCCACUACGACCGAAAUCUUUUUGGUCUAACGAUAUUCCAAUCUUAACUGACGAAGAUUUUUUUCAGUACAAAAACGUCUUUAAUACUUUAGACACUGGCAAAGAAGGCAGAGUUUCAGGAUCUAAAAUGAGAGAUUUUGUAAAAGAUUCUAAAGUGCCCAAAGAAAUAUUAGCGGAGAUCUGGAAUUUAUGCGAUGAGAAUAAAAAAGGUUCAUUAAAUCUUUCCGAAUUCAUUGUUUGCCAGCAUUUAGUGACUGCUGCAGAGUUUGGCUGUCCAAUUCCAAAGUCUCUUCCUAAACAACUUUCUCCUGAACACUUAGAAAAAACAAAGUUGGAAGCUGGCCGGCAGUAUAUUGUUUUUAACGAAGAAAAAGAGUGUUUUAUGGAAGCGCAGAAGGAAUUGGAAAGAAGAAGAAAAGAAUUACAACGACAAGAACACGAAAUUAAUGAAGAACUGAAAAAGAGUCAAGUGACGGAAGAACUACGUUUAAAAAAAUUAAGUGAACAGAGAGAAAUGGAGUUUAGAAGGCAGAUAUUAUUAAAUAAGCAACGUGAACAAGAACAGCAAAUAAUAAAUGCCCGAAAACUUGAUGCAUUACGUAAACUUAAUAACUCGCAAACACAAAUCCAACGACUACGUAGCCAACUGGAGCAUGUUAUCGGAAACCGAAAAGAAUCAGAAAGGAAAAAAGAAACUGUUGAACUUCGUCUGAUUCGACUACACAAAAGCCAUCAAGAACUAUGCACGGCCAACUUAGACUACUUAAGGCAGUGCGAGGAACUUUCCUUAGCAGUUAAGAAUUUGAAAGCGGAAUAUAAAGACUUAUGCAACGAAUUUACUAGACUACAAAAUAACAAAAAAAGUUUAUCUUCUGGAACUUUUUCUUACCAAAAAGGAACUGGGAAUGUAGAGAAGCACCUCGAAGAACACAGUUUAAAGGUGAAAUAUUAUUAUGAAAAUAUUAAAGAGUUGGAAAGUUCACUUUCCUUAAGUGAGAAAAGACUCAAUCAAAAAAAAAUUAUAGUUAAAGAAAAACAACGUGACUUGGAGCUGCUUAGCCAACAGCUGGAACGAGCGCUUGAAAAACGCAAAGAUCUUGAAGAUGAUAGGUCUAACUAUUCUGCAUAUCGCAAUAAGCAUAAGAAGAGCAUUAAAAAAAGUACGCUUCCUGAUAGCAAUAAAAAUUACGGUUCUGCUUUAAAAGAGCUGGAAAGUCAGGUUAAAAACAGAAGUACUAGAAAAUUACAAAAUGAAAAGAAAAAAGCCCUGCUAAAUCCGUUUCAAGACGUCCGAGAGGAAGAAGGAUUGUUUCAAGGCAUCGAGUCAAUAAGUUGGAGUAAUCCAUUCGACCAAUACGCUUCUAAACCUUCCUCGCCUACGCCUUCUUCUACUGCCAUCCCACGUGACUCAUCAGACUCCCACGCGGACUCGCCUUCCUCCAAUAGGUCACAUGAGACCGACUUACUAGAAAAACAAAAUUCUGGUGAGAUUUAUACUGCAAUUGGCGACUAUCACUCGAAAUUUGGUACCGAUAUAUCAUUCAAAAAGGGAGAUACCGUAAAGGUAAUUGAGAAGAAGAACAACGAUUGGUGGUUUGGAGUUGUGCGAGACAAGAAUGGUUGGGUCCCAGCCAAUCGUCUCUCGAGAUCCAGCAGUCUAGCGGAAAGCGAUGGUCGGUUGUCCUUCUCACAGCUCGAUACUGACAAUUAUCAUUCAGAGAGGGCUCUGGAUACGUUUCCGGCACAUGGCACUCCACAUGAAAGUGGUGCUGGCGGUGAUAAUCAGUUUUCUAAAACGUUAUCUUGUGAGGAGAAUGCACUGACCGCUAAAGCCAUUCGCAAUUUUUUUCCUGGUGAUACUUCUGAAAUCCCACUACGAAAAGGCGACAUUAUUCUCGUCACCAACACACACACGCCGAACGAAGAACUCUGGGAGGGAAUAGUUUACGAAAAAGGGCGCCAAAGCGCGCGUGGUCUUUUCCCCAAAAGUUGCCUCCAGCUUUUAUCCCAAAGCAAUACAAAAGGCCGUGAUUCUCGUUGCGCUACUCUUUAUAACUACCACAGCGAAGAUCCUGCAGACUUGCAUUCCGAAGAAGUUUUAUAGAAAUGCGAUAUUAUUAAUAUUACUGAAAAGAUUGAUGAAAAUAUUGGAUGAAAGGUUUUGUAGAUGGCUAAACUUUUAUAUGAAUGUUUCCC